UAUGCUCACUUUGUUCUCUUUAUGGGCUUUUCCUCUCAGUCUUUUCCUCUCAGUGCAUUGAAUUUCAUGCUUUUACACUGUGCAUUGUUUGCCCUGAAAAGUCCUCAUACUGUCUGAUAAAUAUGGAUCACUUGAAGCAGUCGUGUUACGAGCUCUCACUACCUGUGACGGAGAAAAGCAACCUCAUCAGCAGAGAUAUUGACAGAGCGCACAGCAAACAGAUGGUGCAAAUACUGAAACGAUGUGACGCCGAGAUUUUUGAGAAAAAAAUAAAUCAUGAGCCUUUUUAUCAGACACUGUAUAGUGUACCUGUCAUCCAAACGAUGGUGGAUGUUGCAAAGAGGGUUGAAAUGAUUCUGAGGGACCAGGAGGAAAGUUUGAUUGUAUUAAGUGGUUGUGGAACAUCAGGCCGUAUUGCAUUUCUUUUGGUGUCGUCCUUUAAUGAGAUGUUGAAGGCCCAGAGACAGAAACAGAUCUGUUCGUACAUCAUAGCUGGAGGUGACAGGGCCCUGCUGACAUCACGGGAGGCUCCAGAGGACGACCCAGGGCUCGGCGCUCGCAUGCUGGAGAAGGUUUGUGCAGGAAAGAAGGAUGUGCUGUUCAUUGGAAUAUCCUGUGGCAUGUCGGCACCAUUUGUUGCUGGGCAACUGGAUUUUUGUCUGAACCACUUAGACAUCUUCACCCCAGUGCUUCUAGGAUUCAACCCCGUACAUAUGGCGAGGAGUGAGCAAAUGCAGGACUGUUCAUUUCACUUUAAAGAUGUUGCAGAGAGGAUGGCUGCAGAGCAGAGACAUAAAAAAGCAUACGUGCUAAAUCCUGUGUUGGGGGCUGAGGCCAUCAGCGGAUCGUCCAGGAUGAAAGGGGGCAGUGCAACUAAAAUCAUUCUGGAAACUGUUCUUCUGGCCGGACAUGAAGCUGCAUUUAGAGACAAGACGAUGACACCUGAGUAUGUUUUCAAUUUGCAGUUACGUUUUAAUUUAAUUUAGACAAACAUAUUUA